CACCCGUCGUGCGCCCUGCAGCCCACCGAGACGCGGCGCCGGGGGUGCCCGUCCCCCCCGCGGGCUCGGCUGCACGCCUGCCGGCUGCCCCCGCCACCCCAAAACCCCGCAGCCCCCUGAGCGGGCGCCAUGGGGGACGCCACGGAGGAGCUGGACGCGGUGCUCAGCGGCCGAGGCUGGGAACUGGGGGGCGGCUACGACGGCACCCCGCAACCCCGCGGCCCCGUCCGGCUGGGGAGCAGCGCCUGCUACGUGGUCCUGGCCGUGCUCUUCAACGACGAGGACGGGGUGCUGCUGGUGCAGGAGGCCAAAGCCGAGUGCCGCGGGACGUGGUACCUGCCCGCGGGGCGCAUGGAGCCCGGCGAGAGCGUGGUGGCGGCGCUUCGCCGCGAGGUGAAGGAGGAGACGGGGCUGGAGUGCGAGCCCCUCACCCUGCUGGCGCUGGAGGAGAGGGGGCCCGCCUGGCUCCGCUUCGUCUUCCUCGCCCGCCCCACCGGAGGGACCCUGAAGACCCUGGAGGACGCGGACGCCGAGUCCCUGCAGGCCGUGUGGUGGGACGGGGCGCUGUCCUCCCUGCCCCUGCGCGCCCCCGACAUCCUGCCCCUGCUGGAGCUGGCCGCCCGCUACCGCCGCAGCCCCCCGCACCCCCCCACGCUGCCGCAGGAGCUGCCCUGCGCCCACCUCUGCUUGAGGCUCCUGGUGGCCUUCGCCAGCGACGCCGGGCACCUUUGGGUGCUGCUGAGCACGGCCGGGCCCCCCCGGCUGCCCGUGGUGGCGUGCGGCACCGAUCCUGCCCAAAUCCGCCGGGGGCUGCGCCUGCCCGUGCUGAGGCUGCUGGGGGGCUGCCUGCCUCCGGACCCCCCCGUCGGCUCCAUGGGGCUGCUGGGGCUGCAGCACCGGGCUGGGGGUGCCGGGGGGGCUGACGGGGUUUGCUUUAACGUUCUGCUGAGCAUCCUGCCCCGCGGCACCGGGGACGGCCCCCCCGAAUUGUGCCACCCCGCUUUCCGCUGGGGGCGGGUGGAGGAGGAGGGCUUGAAGGGCCGCAUCCUGCAGCGGCUCCGCACGGGGGGCACGGUGCCCAUCCGCAGCUAGCAGCGGGCGAGCCCCAGCACCCAGGGGUGCUGUACGCAGCCGUUUU